AUGCUGCAGGUAGGAGAGUCGGAGGGUAUCACGCUUCAUCCGGAUUCGCCCGAAGAUGAUUUAGCUCAAAAUCUUCCCUCUCAGCCUCAGCUACCGCAACCUGUUGUGGAAGUUCCACUUGCGCCGAGCAGUGUCAUCUCAAACUGUGGAUUUCUCCCUGGGCAUUUUGAAGCUCUUUACAUCAUCAGUGAAGAGGUUUCUGAGACCGAGGGUGGGCUUAUAUAUCGUGUCAAGUUGAAAAGUGGCGAGGUUCAAAAGGCUUCAUCCGAUGAAAUCCAAAGUCUUAAGAACGGCCGACAAGCCUUGUCGAACUUUCUUCAAUACGGUCCCACUGAAUCGGUCUCCCCCCGUUUGAGCGACGUAUCGGGAGAGGACUCGGCCUUGUCCGACUCAAAAUAUCGCACUAAGAGAAGGACCCGGCGAUCGACCCGAGCCAGGAAUAGUGGAUUCGCGGCAUUCUUUGGAGCCUUGAGCAGUGAUGACGAUGUAGCUCACUCACGAGGUCAUUCUUCCAGUGAAGAUAUUAUCGCUUCAUCCGGCACCACAACUAGGAGACGUCGCAUGUCACGAGCUCGAAAGAGCAAGUCGCGCUCCGAAAUACUUCUGUCAGACGAAGAAAGCAAUCGCAGUACUCCGGUAGGCACACGGCAUUCCACUAGAACACGAAAAGUUCUGCGAAAGAAUUUGCGCGAACGGAAUGAGGAUGAAAUCUCUGAGAACGAGGGCACACCGAAGCACCAUGAAAAGUUCUUUGGAGCGAAAGAGAAGUUCCACAAAAUACCAGAAAAUGAUCCUUUCCGUGAACGACAUCGAGGCGCUUGCAAGAGGUGCCAUGUCAUUGGAGACGAUUAUGCCAAGGGGCCUCUCGUCUUUUGCCAGGGGUGUACCAGCAGUUUCCAUCAUCAAUGUCUGGGUCCUCGUGCCGCGAGAGACCAUCUUGUCACCAAAGUCACGGAUGACUUGUUCGUCCUCCAGUGCCGUAACUGUUUGGGAGUAUCUCAUAGUAAAGACCCGGCAGUUCCACACCAGGGUUAUUGCGCUAUAUGCAAUCGCGAAGGGAACAUGUCCAGACCACUGCGAGAUCGUUUAACACCGAAGCAAGAACAACAGUUUCGGCAGCAAAACGGUGGCAAGGAUCCGAUCACGUUUAUCGAUAUGACGCGGGUCAAUAAUGUUAACAAUUUGCUAUUUCGUUGUACUACCUGUCACCGCGCUUUUCAUUUCGAGCACCUCUCUGAUGUCGCUCAUCUUACAUGGCAUUGCCAAGAAUGUGCCUCGAUCCCUGGAGAGGUCGGUGCCAUGGUUGCCUGGCGGCCAGUCGACCCCAAAGCAAAGAAAGCUGAAGAAGCCAAUCGAGAGUAUCUUAUCAAAUGGAAGAAUCAAUCCUACAGCCACUCGACAUGGAUGCCUGGGAGCUGGGUAUGGGGUUUCGUUAAUUAUCAUAUGCGGCGGGCUUUUAUCAAAAAGGAUCUUCCACCACAAAGAACUAUUGAAGAAGCUAUUCCGGAGGACUAUCUCAGGGUGGAUAUCGUCUUUGAUGUUCGCUUUUCCAGCACAUCCCCGCUUGGAGAAAGCAAGCGAUCUUACGAAGCAGAUCUAAAGCGGAUUGAUAAUGUGUCUCAGGUAUAUGUCAAAUUCAAAGGUCUCCCGUACGAGGAUGUAGUCUGGGAUACACCUCCCGAUCGCAGUGACGUGGAGAGAUGGGAAGACUUCGAAGCUGCUUUCGCAGAUUGGGUUAAGCGUGAAUACGUUCGCGAGCCAAAUCAAUCAUCUUUACGGAGACAUUUGGCCAAGCAGCGAAAGAAGAACUUUCAGACUGACUUGGUUAAGGACCAUCAGCCUCCCACUAUGACGGGUGGAGAAAUGAUGGACUAUCAAGAUGAUGGCGUCAAUUGGCUCUACUAUAUGUGGUUCAAACAGCAGAACGCCAUUCUUGCCGAUGAGAUGGGUCUCGGAAAGACAAUUCAAGUAAUUGGCUUUAUGGCUACUCUGAUUCAUUAUCACAGGUGCUGGCCGUUCUUAGUAGUAGUGCCCAACUCCACCUGUCCCAACUGGCGCAAGGAAAUCAAGUCAUGGGUUCCUUCGAUGCGGGUGGUGACCUACUACGGGUCUGCGUUCUCUCGGAACCUCGCCAAGGAGUAUGAGAUGUAUGCUGAUGAUGAUCCUACUCUCCGAUGCCACGUUGUCGUGACUUCGUAUGAGACGAUGGUGGACGACGUAUCCCGCAGGUUCCUGGCUAAAAUUCCCUGGGCCGGUUUGAUUGUCGACGAAGGCCAGCGGCUCAAGAACGACAAGAGUCAGCUUUAUGAUGCACUCUCACGAAUCAGGUUUUCGUUCAAAUUGCUUUUGACCGGGACACCGCUCCAGAACAAUAUCAGAGAACUGUUCAACUUGCUUCAGUUCUGCGACCCGUCGAAGAAGGCCAUUGAUCUUGAAGAAGAAUACGGCACGCUCUCUAAGGAGAAUAUUCCGAAGCUGCAUGAGAUGCUACGACCUUUCUUCCUGAGAAGGACAAAAGCGCAAGUGCUUACCUUCCUUCCUCCUGUGGCUCAAAUCAUUGUUCCGGUUUCAAUGUCUCUAGUGCAAAAGAAACUGUACAAAUCUAUCCUUGCCAAAAAUCCUCAGCUGAUCAAGUCGAUCUUCCAACGCAGUGGGGCUAAGGCAUUAAAACAGGCAGAAAGACAUAACUUGAACAAUAUUCUCAUGCAGUUGCGCAAAUGUCUAUGUCAUCCAUUUGUUUACAGCAGAGCCAUCGAGGAAAGAACUUCUGAUAGGACGAAAUCUCAUCGUCACUUAGUGGACGCAGCUGGCAAACUUCAAUUGUUGGAACUAAUGCUUCCCAAACUCAAGGAUCGCGGUCACCGAGUCCUUAUCUUUAGUCAGUUCCUCGAGAAUCUCGACAUUAUCGAAGACUUCUUGGACGGCAUGGGUCUGCCACAUCUUCGUCUAGAUGGUAGAAUGACUUCGCUCGAGAAGCAGAAGACAAUUGACGAUUACAACGCACAAGACUCGCCUUACUUCGCGUUUCUUCUCUCUACUCGGUCUGGUGGAGUCGGCAUCAACCUUGCUACUGCAGAUACGGUUAUCAUUAUGGACCCCGAUUUUAAUCCUCAUCAAGACAUGCAGGCGUUGUCUCGUGCUCACAGAAUUGGGCAAGCAAACAAGGUUCUUGUCUUUCAGCUUAUGACGCGAAGCAGUGCCGAAGAAAAGAUCAUGCAAAUAGGUAAGAAGAAAAUGGUCCUGGAUCACGUUCUCAUUGAUCGUAUGGUGGCGGAGGAAGAUAACGGGCAAGAGCUCGAGUCCGUCCUACGGCAUGGAGCUCAGGCUCUCUUUAAUGAUGACGACUCUGGUGAUGUCCGAUAUGACUCGGAGUCUGUCGACAAGCUUCUUGAUCGCAGUCAAGCCGAGCAGGCAAAGGUGCCCAUUGAAGGUGACCUAGAAUCUCAAUUUAGCUUUGCUCGGGUAUGGGCAAACGAUAACCAGAAUCUUGAAGACCGGCUCCAGGAGAUGACGGAGAUGACUGAGCAAGCUGCACCCAAUACUGAUCUUUGGGACAAGAUUUUGCUGGAGCGGGAACAAGCUGCAGCUGAGGAAGCGAGGAGAAAAGCGGAAACACUGGGCCGUGGCAAGAGAAAGCGGGCCAAUGUCGACUAUGGUAGAAAUGCCCCGGAGACCUCGCCCUUUGAAGAUCGCAUACUUCGUCUGGAAGAGAUUGACGGCGAGUACCGGGCCGACGAUGGUGUUGACUCUGAGUCUGAGUCAGCUCCUGAGUUAGACCCUGAGGAUCUGCGUAUGGUCCCGAAGAGAACAAAGAUCCAAAAUUUUCAACGGAUCGCUCCCAUUAACUUACCGCUGGCUGUGGAUGGCACUGUAGAGUCUAACCUAGCUCAGCAACAAGCGUGCAUUGCAUGCCGGCAGGUUCAUCCGGUUGGCUCUUGUCGUUUGCAGUUAGCUGGAGUUGAGCAUUGUCCUCUCUGUGGUCUCGCACACUAUGGUCAUUCGCGUACAUGUCCGCACUUAAGGUCUGAUACACAAGUAGCCAGAAUGCUCGAGGCUAUCAAGCAUAGCACUGAAGACAAAGAGCUUAUUCGUCUAGCAAAGAAAUACCUGACUGGCAUUCGUGGCAACCUUGCAUACCGCAAGAAGCAGGAGGCUAGUAAGGCUGCAGCAGGCAGUGCGACUCCUCUUCCUGCCAACCCUGUCGCAACAACCAGCUCCUCCGUUAUCGACCUCACUAAUGAUAAUCGCAUGGCGUCAGCUGGCCAACCACUGAUGAACCCUGCUCAUUCUUUUGCCCCCCAUCUACCCACAUGGGCCCCCCACCAUCCUGAACACGGUGCCUGA